AUGGGAAUGUCACACAGCAGUACGKCCUCCAAUGGCGGAGAAGCCCCUGCUGCUGCUGCUCCUCUACGCAUCCUCAUAGCUGGUGCCGGAAUCGGCGGACUGACUACAGCGAUUGCCUUAAGGCGACAAGGACACAUUGUCGACAUUCUGGAGCAAUCCAAGCUUGCUCAGGAGACUGGCGCGGCUAUGAACCUCGCUCCCAACUGUACAGGUCUUUUGGGAGAUCUCGGUAUUGACCUGGCGAAAAUCGGCGCGGUCGACUGCAUUGGACAUCAGACUCUCACCGCCAGCGGACAUCGAAUGUUCAAAGCCGACUUUUCUGGUCAUGUUCACAAGAGUCGCUACUGUCUGGCCCAUCGAGCCCAAUUCCAUACCGCUUUGAAGGAGCUGGCUUUAUCCGAGGAAGGAGAAGGCCCGCCUGCACGUCUACAUCUCUCUAGUCGUGUCAAGAUGGCUGAUCCGGAGUUCGCACGAAUCACUCUCGAAGAUGGGACCGUCUUGGAGGGCGAUGUGUUGAUAGGGGCSGAUGGCGUUCACUCUCAACUUCGCAAGAAUAUCGCUGGGGGAGACUUGUUGCCCUUUGACUCCGGGAAAAGCGCCUAUCGAUUUCUUGUCCCCACCGAGGUAUUGGCGUCUGAUCCAUUGGUAUCUCAAGAGACUUUGCAGUCGGGACUUAUGACCAUGUGGAUUGACGAUGACAGACGUAUCAUCAUGUAUCCAUGUGAUGAUGGCACUUCUUUGAAUCUUGUGGCGAUUCAUCCAAGUCGGGAGUCUGCGAGAGAUGUGGCUGGUGAUGGUUGGCUUGAAAACGGUAGCAAAACGAAGAUGCUGGAGAUCUUCAAAGACUUCGCGCCCUCUGCACAAGCGAUCCUGGAGAAAGCAGACGAUACGAAGCUCAAAGCAUGGAAUCUGCUGGACAUGAAGCGAAUGCCUAACUUUGUCAACCAGCGACUUGCCGUCAUUGGUGAUGCUGCCCAUCCCUUUCUGCCUUACCAGGGACAGGGUGGUGGUCAAGCUAUCGAGGAUGCAGUAUCAUUAGCAGCUGUGCUCCCACGAGGAACCCCAAGCUCCGCGGUUUCGGAGCGAUUGCAGAUCUACGAGCAGUGUCGAUAUGAACGUGUUCAUACAAUCCAAGACUUCACUCGAUUGGUUGGUAGAGAUGCUUCCGAACUAGCUGCUGAGGGCAAAAAGCUAGACUUUACCGAGUUUCAGGCAUACAGCUUCGACCACGACGAGCAUGAGCAUUCUUCAUCAGCUUUGAAGAAACAUCUGGCAGCAAAGCUCUAG